CAGUCGCAGGGAGGUCAGUGGAGGCGGCAGGACAAGCGGGGAGCCUAGACGUAAAAGCGAGGAGAGAAGAAGAGCGAGGGGAGUAAAAGGUCAAGGAGCGAGACGUCAGGGCAGACCAGGGAAACCGUUGAGGGAAGCGGCGGGAAGGCGCGUCGAAAGGAAACAAUAGAAGGGGCAUAAUUUUAAGAGGCCGCGCGGAAGGAGAAGGCGGGAGCAGGAGGAGGCAGGAGUCGUAGGAGCGAGCGGGGUCGCGAGAGCGGAGAAGGCGCGCGGCGAUGGGCGACAUGGGCGCGGCGCUGCGCGCGGUGGUGGGCGUGGCGGAGCCCAAGGCGAAGGUGGAGGCGUACCGCGCGCUGCUGGCUGACGUCAUCGCGCGCAACGACGUGGAGCACGCGAAGCAGUUCGUCGACCACAUGCUGUGUGAGGACGUGCCCUUGGUGGUGGCGCGGCAGGUGCUGCAGCAGAUGGCGGGGGAGCUGCGCGGGCUGCAGCCGGAGCAGCACAAGGCCGUCGCGCACUACGCGCUCACGCACAUCCAGCCCCGCGUGGUGUCGUUCGAGGAACAGGUGGCGGUGAUCCGCGAGGGCCUGGCGCUGCUGUACGAGGGCGAGGAGGAGUGGGCCAAGGCCGCGCAGAUGCUGGCAGGGAUCGACCUGGACGGAGGCAGCAGCAGGGGCCAGGACGUGGCGUACCGCCUGAGCAAGUGCAUCAAGAUCGCUCUGCUCUACCUCGAGGACGACGAUGCAGUGAACGCGGAGACGUACAUCAAGAAGGCGUCGUUUGACAUCGGCCAGCACAGCGACCAGGCGCUCGCCCUGCAGUACAAGGUGUGCUACGCGCGCAUCCUCGACUCCAAGAGGAAGUUCCUGGAAGCUGCGCUCAAGUACUACGAUCUCUCGCAGCUGGACCAGCGGGAGCUGGGUGGCAAGCAGGUGGAUGAGGGCGAGUUGGAGGCGGUGCUCAACGCCGCCGUCACCUGCACCAUCCUCGCUGCUGCGGGCCCACAGCGCUCUCGUAUGCUCGCCACUCUCUAUAAGGACGAGCGGUGCAGCCAGCUCAAGAUCUACCCCAUUCUGCAGAAGGUGUAUCUGGAGCGCAUCCUGCGGUCACCGGAGGUGCAGGCAUUCGCCGAGGAGCUUAAGCCGCACCAGAAAGCGCUGCUGGCUGACGGUUCGACGGUGCUGGACCGGGCAGUGAUCGAGCACAACCUGCUCAGUGCCAGCAAGCUGUACACCAACAUCAGCUUUGAGGAGCUGGGCGCUCUGCUGGGCAUUGCUGCACACACGGCGGAGAAGGUGGCGGCGCGGAUGAUAUCGGAAGACAGGAUGAAGGGCACCAUAGACCAGGUGGAGGCAGUGAUCCACUUCGACAACGACAUCGACGACCUGCAGCAGUGGGAUCACCAGAUCGCCAGUCUGUGCCAUGCACUCAACGACAUUCUCGAUGGCGUUGUGAAGAAAGGAGCCAUGCCUGUGCCAGUCUAAGGGGCAUGCUGCCAUCACUCAGAAGCAGCCCCAAUCUUGAGUGCGCCAACAUAGACUUGGCAACGUUGGUACUACUGCGUGCAUUACCCAAUGCUCAAUCAACCUGUGACCACUUCGUGUCUGGCCGAUUUUUGGUGGUCAUGUUGAAAAUUUGAGGGCAUAAUUCUGGGGUGUAGCAUUAGAUUUAGAAACGCCAAUACUGAAAAGGAAUGCUCAACAUUCUCAACUAUUUUCUGACUUCAAAAUGGGGAAUGCUUGGUCAGCAGAAGUGAAAACUUUUCCUAAACAAAACAAUUGAAAGGCU